CGUGCGCUGAACCGCGCCAUGGGUAGCGCCCUGCGGAAAAGCAAAGCGGUGCGGCAAGCGCCCGACGGCGGCCCCGAGCGGAGGGAGCCGGCAGAGGCAGCACAGAAGGUGCAAGAAGGGCAGCGUGAAGUAACAACAGAAACUUCACAUCCAGUUGGCUUUGUACAGGAGAAGAAAACAGGACAUCAUGAGGAAACUUUAAAGACAAAUACAGAAGGCAAGGCUCAGAAACCACUGGAGAUGAACAGCCAUACACCAGUGCCACGUUCCUAUGACUAUGAUCUCAUUAUCAUUGGUGGGGGAUCAGGUGGCCUGGCAGCUGCUAAGGAGGCUGCCAAAUAUGAAAAGAAAGUACUAGUGCUGGACUUUGUCAAGCCUACACCUCUGGGAAACUCAUGGGGUCUUGGAGGAACAUGUGUAAAUGUGGGCUGUAUACCUAAAAAAUUGAUGCACCAGGCAGCUUUACUGGGGCAAGCCUUGCAGGAUGCACGCAAGUUUGGAUGGCAAUUUACAGAGGAAGUCAAUCACAGCUGGAUGACUAUGACAGAAUCUGUUCAGAACUACAUUGGUUCACUGAACUGGGGCUAUCGGGUUGCACUGAGAGAGAAGUCAGUCACAUAUGAGAACGCCUAUGGAGAAUUUGUUGGACCACACACAGUUAAGGCAACAAAUAGAAGAGGAGUUGAGAAGCUGUACACAGCUGAGAGAUUCCUCAUUGCCACUGGUGAACGACCGCGCUACCUGGGUAUACCUGGGGACAGGGAAUACUGCAUUAGCAGUGAUGAUCUUUUCUCUCUGCCUUACUGUCCAGGGAAAACCCUGGUGGUUGGAGCUUCCUAUGUUGCCUUGGAAUGUGCAGGAUUUCUUGCAGGUCUUGGGUUGGAUGUCACUGUAAUGGUGAGAUCCAUCCUCUUAAGAGGAUUUGACCAGGAUAUUGCAAACAAAAUCGGUGAAUAUAUGGAAGAACAUGGAGUCAAGUUUAUUAGGGAGUUUGUGCCCAUCAAGGUUGAGCAGAUUGAGGAAGGAACUCCUGGAAUAUUGAAAGUUACAGCCAAGUCUGCAACGGGGAACGAAAUAAUCGAAGCGGAAUACAAUACUGUAUUGCUAGCAAUUGGAAGAGAUUCAUGCACAAGAAAUAUUGGUUUGGACAAAGUUGGAGUGAAAAUUAAUGAAAAAACAGGAAAAGUUCCUGUCAACGAUGAGGAGCAAACAAAUGUGCCAUAUAUCUAUGCUGUUGGAGAUAUACUACAGGGCAAGCUGGAACUCACACCAGUUGCAAUCCAGGCAGGAAGAUUGUUAGUUCGAAGGCUUUAUGCUGGGGCAACCAGUAAGUGUGACUAUGUGAAUGUUCCAACUACCGUGUUCACUCCUUUGGAGUAUGGAGCCUGUGGGUAUUCUGAAGAGGCUGCAAUGGAGAAGUUUGGAGAAGAAAACAUUGAGGUGUAUCACAGCCACUUCUGGCCACUGGAAUGGACAGUGCCAUCCAGAGACAAUAACAAAUGCUAUGCAAAAAUAAUUUGCAAUAUCCAAGACAACGAGAGAGUCAUUGGCUUCCAUGUCCUUGGUCCAAAUGCUGGAGAAGUCACCCAAGGGUUUGCAGCUGCUAUGAAAUGUGGGAUGACAAAAGAACAACUGGACAACACCAUAGGAAUUCAUCCUGUCUGUGCUGAGGUAUUCACCACUCUGUCUGUGACUAAGCGUUCUGGUGAAAGUACCCUUCAGGCUGGAUGCUGAGGUUAAAGACCCCCAUUCUUGUUAUUGCCAGAGACUAAUUUUCAUCACAAUGUCCAACUUGUGCGAUUCAGAAGAAAUUAUUGGGGAGAAUCCAUCCUUGGCUGUCUGCAGAAAUGUGUGGAUAUUAACCAGCACAUUACAUCAUCCUAAUGGAGAAGAGCACUGUGGGAGUUGGUCACUUGCGAUGAUUGGCUGGCAAUUAGCAAUGGAAUGGGAAUAUUAACUAUUGAGCUGUUGCUUAGCAGGGCAUUUAACAAAUGCUUUCAUGAAGUCAUAGCCUGAAGCCUGCAUUGUCUGGUGGGCAGUGAUGGAAGAACUGCUAGCACAGCUGGACAACUAUUUUGAUUUGGUUUUAUUCCUCUCUAGUUUCUUACCUGAACAAUAACUGUAGAAUAAAACAAACAAACAAACAACACUCCCCCCCAAAACAAGAAAGCAAAGAGAACUCCUACUCCAAAAACCAAUAGUGAAAAAUACUGAAUGUAGAUAUGGACAAAAAGCUGUAUUUCAUUGCUUUGGUUUGUAUUUAGGUGAGAAAACAAUCCUUUUGAAGCAGACAUUUCCAUUGAAAAGAACAAAUUCUUGAAUGUUCCACCUGUGUAGGAUAAACUUUGUAGAUAUUUAGCAAGGAACUGUUAAAAAAUGCCUCUUUGUAACAGAAAUGAAUGUAGGUUGUGAUCUGGCUUUUUGUUUCCCCCUGUUUUGGCGGAAAGGUUCAGAUUGCAUUUAGUAAAUGGUUCUGGGGUGUUUAGUACUGUGGUGUGAAUAGCAGGUAAAUGCUCCAGCCCUCUGGGAGGAGUGCCUUGUGUCUGAACUUCUCCUCGGUAACAAAGUCAUGUAUUUCUGCUGAGAUUAUUCUAGAGUAUUGUUUUAAAUUAUUUUUGUAGAACUCAGAUGUAGCUGAAGGAUUUUUAAACAUGUUUUGUAUGGUGUCAGGAAUGAUCUGUGGUGGUAUUUUUCUGGCCAGUUUAUUUAAUAAAUUGUAUAUUUGCACAAA